AUGUUGCCAAUGAAAAAGUUAUCUAUAAUACGACCUUUAUUGUAUAUUCCAUGUUUAUCAAAAAGAUCAUAUUCAUCUGCAUUUAAAAGGGUAAGGAAUAAUAAUACACCCUCUAGUAGUAGUAGUAAUAGUAGAUCUACUGUUAAAAAUAAUAUAACGCUCCCUCAAGAAACAUCACCUUAUGUAAUACAGCCCAAUAAUACUUGGAACUCACAAACGAGUUUCUUAAAUGAACCUACAAUCUUAAUAGAAAGACAGAUUGAAAUGAUGAACGUUUUCCUAGGUUACGAACAAUCCAAUAAAUAUAUAAUAAUGGAUGUAAUGGGAAAUCGUCUUGGUUACAUGAUUGAAAAGGAUUUAUCCCUGUGGAAAUCCAUCCUAAGACAAUUUUAUAAAUUACAUCGUCCAUUCACUGUCGAUGUGUUUGAUAAUUGGAAUAAUUUGAUCAUGUCCAUUAAGAGACCCUUCUCUUGGAUUAAUUCUCAUAUCAAAACGUACGUUCCUAGGGAAUACGAACAUAUACCUUCGAGUAGUGAGACAUCAGGUUCGCACUCUGUUCUUGAUGAACAUGAUGGGAUAUUGAUUGGGGAGACUAUACAAAAUUGGCAUCUUUGGAGAAGACGGUAUGAAUUAUUCCAAAGAAGUUCAAAAGGACAAAAUGAAGGAAUGGAUCAAUUUGGUGAAAUUGAUGCUCCCUUUUUAUCAUUUGAAUUUCCUGUGUUAGACUCUCGAGGGAAAAUCAUGGCAAGUAUAGAUAGAAAUUGGGUCGGCUUAGGGAGAGAAAUGUUCACUGAUACUGGUGUUUAUAAUUUAAGAUUCGAUUCAAGACAAAGUUUUAAUGGAAUAUAUCCUCAAGAAUCAAUGAGUAAUCAAGUAUUGAAUUUAAAUCAAAGGGCUAUAUUGUUGGCUAAUGCAGUAUCAAUUGAUUUCGAUUAUUUUUCAAGACAUUCAAGACAUACAGGUGGUGGAUUAUUAUCGUUCGGUAACGGAGGAGAUUAUGAUUAA